CCGUGGUUCAUGUCAUCGGACGAGCUCAAGUUCGAGAAAGAAGCCUUCGCCCGUAGCUCCUUCGCGUCGGUGUACCGCGGCGUGUGGGGCACUGGCACGAGGGUCGUGGUCAAGCGCUUCCUCAACGACGACCUCGUGGCUGACGAACGCGCCAAGCAGCAGAUUGAGAAGGAGAUCAACCUCUGGCACAAAUUCAACAACCCCAACGUGAUCCGAAUGUUUGGAGCCUCGUACGUGAGCUCCCCUGCGUUAGUUGUGUGUGUGUGUGAAGACGCGACGAACGGCGACCUCUGUUCGUAUUUGGCUCGCUCGGACAGCAACAAGCAGCACAUGUGGCGGUUGUUGCACCAGGCGGCACUUGGUUUG